CAUUCCACCAGCGCAGCUUUUGACGCUCUCAAACGUCUGUGUUAUGAGACGUGUUUUGUAAGGCUAAACAUUUGUUUGCCAAUCGGGCGGGUUACACAAGCUGUUCACUGGCAGAGGUGACACUUCAACUUAUUUAAAUAAAGAAGGAAAAACUGCUGGUGCCUGGUCAACGCACGCUAGCUGUCACAUAAUGUUUCCAGCUAGCAGGUAUUCAGCUAAAGCCCACAGGUGUAUCAGGGCAUUGAAGACAGUCCAAAUAGAGCAUGCUGCCCCUCAGCAGUACACAACACUAAACAAAAGGACAUGUUCUUCAGUGUCAACACCCCGCAUCACCACACACUACACUAUCCAUUCUCGGGACAAGGAUUCAAGAUGGGAAGGGAUCGAAAUGGAGAGGUUUGCAGACGAGGCUGAUGUGGUGAUCGUAGGCGGGGGCCCUGCCGGACUUUCUGCAGCCAUUCGUCUGAAGCAGCUAGCCAAUGAACAGGAGAAGGAGCUGCGAGUGUGCCUUGUGGAGAAAGCCUCUCAGAUCGGGGCACACACCCUCUCAGGAGCCUGUCUGGAGCCCUCCGCCCUCACUGAACUCAUUCCUGAUUGGAAGGAACGAGGGGCACCGCUGAACACUCCAGUGACAGAAGAUGUGUUCAGCAUUUUAACGGAGAAACACAGAAUCCCUAUCCCCAUUUUGCCAGGUCUGCCCAUGGUGAAUCAUGGGAACUACAUUGUGAGGCUGGGGAACUUUGUGCGCUGGCUGGGGGAGCAGGCGGAGGAGCUGGGGGUGGAGAUUUACCCUGGAUACGCUGCUUCGGAGGUUUUGUUUCACGAGGAUGGAAGUGUGAAAGGAAUCGCCACCAAUGAUGUGGGCAUCGCCAAAGACGGCUCACCAAAGGAUGUGUUUGAGAGAGGAAUGGAGCUCCACGCUAAAGUAACGUUGUUUGGAGAGGGCUGUCACGGCCACUUGGCCAAACAGCUCUACAAGCAAUUCAACCUGCGUGAGAACUGUGAACCUCAGACCUACGCUAUCGGCCUGAAAGAGGUGUGGACGAUCGAUGAGAAGAAGUGGAGGCCGGGUAGAGUGGAGCACUCUGUGGGUUGGCCCCUGAACAGAAACACAUACGGAGGGUCCUUCCUGUAUCACCUGAACGAAGGAGAGCCGCUGGUGGCGCUGGGCUUCGUGGUUGGUCUGGACUACACCAACCCUUACCUGAGCCCCUUCAGGGAGUUCCAGCGCUGGAAGCAUCACCACUCUGUCGCUCCCACGCUGGAGGGAGGCACCAGGAUCGCAUACGGAGCCAGGGCUCUAAACGAGGGAGGGUUACAGUCCAUCCCAAAGUUGACUUUCCCAGGAGGGCUGUUGAUGGGCUGCAGCCCCGGCUUCAUGAACGUCCCGAAGAUCAAAGGCACCCACACGGCCAUGAAAAGCGGCAUGCUGGCUGCUGAGGCCAUCUUCCCCAAAAUCACAGCAGAGAGCCCGGACUCUGAGACGGCAGGACUCCAUGUCCCGGAGUACGCUGAGAACUUGAAGAAGUCGUGGGUGUGGAAAGAGCUGUACGCAGUCAGAAACAUCCGGCCGUCCUUCCACAAUUACUUUGGUCUGUACGGAGGCAUGGUCUACACUGGGGUUUUCUACUGGAUCUUCAGAGGAAAGGAGCCGUGGACACUCAAACACGUUGGCCUCGACGCCCACCAGCUGAAACCAGCUAAGGAGUGUACACCCAUUGACUACCCCAAGCCCGACGGGAAGAUAAGCUUUGACCUGCUCUCUGUGGCCCUGAGUGGCACCAACCACGAGGGGGACCAGCCCGCCCACCUGACCCUGAAGAACGACAGCAUCCCGGUCGAGAGGAACCUCGCCAUUUACGACGGGCCCGAGCAGCGCUUCUGCCCCGCAGGUGUGUACGAGUAUGUUCCCCUGGAAACUGGAGAUGGGAUGAGGUUGCAGAUCAACGCUCAGAACUGCGUCCACUGCAAGACGUGUGACAUCAAGGACCCGAGCCAGAACAUCAACUGGGUGGUGCCCGAGGGCGGCGGAGGACCGGCCUACAACGGAAUGUGAACAUCUUGUGUUUUUUUACCUUUUUUUUGUCUAGAGAAUAGAUGACUGUAAAGUAUCAUUCAGGGCUGCAUUCAGGCAAAUGUGCCUACUUAUGGAACAGAGUGAAUACAUAGCUGGCUUUAAAAGGUGUAAAGAAUAAAAUCUGCAAAAAAGCAAGGAUAUUAGUAAUAUCACUACCUUUUUGUCCUAGAAAUCUUUAAUGUACGCGGUGGCAUAUUCAGUUUAAAAUGUGGCACAUGGGUUGUGAUAUCCAUACAAUCUACAGGACCAUUAAAUUGAGCUUUAAUCCCAAUUUGCAGAAUCUCCAUCACUAAUAAAACUACAACAUGGGCAUUUAAAGUAGGUUUAAAAUAAAGUGGAUCUUUGUGUUUUAUAAAAGGUACCUAACAAGCUGUAAUACAUAAUAUAUUUCCUCCUAAAUCACUGUAAAUCAACACGCAGCUCAGAUUCAGGUUUAUUCAGCAUUUAUUCCAGGAAUAUUUGGACAGCAUUUGAUCGAUCUGCACAGUAUUGUACAUAAAAUCAUCAGAUGAUAAUCACAGUAACGAAUAAAGAACUCUACUGUU